AUGCAACCACACGGAUAUCCACAAAUGAAUUUUGACCAAUCUCAAGCUGCCUGGAAUCAAGCUGCCUGGAGUCACGCAUUUGCAAUGUCUCAAUCGAACGUCGCGAAUACCCCAGGUGGUGUCUAUCCCGGAUACAUCUUCGGACACUCAGAAAGCUCCUCUGGAUCUGACGAAUCGAUGAAUAGUAGAGGUGAUCCAAAAAUGUCGCCGAGAUAUCGUGAGAAAAGACAAAAGAACAAUCUGGCCGCCAAGAAGUCGAGAAAAGUACGAAAAGAAAGAGAGAUGAAUUUUGCAAAGGAGAAUCAAGAACUGAAGGAGAAGUGCGCCGAAACAACUAAAUUAUAUCAAAGAGCGGUGGAGGACGUUGACAAGAUGAGAGAGGCGCUCAAUAGGCUUGUAAUGGAAAACAAUGAGCUGAAAGUGAGAUUAGCUGCUUUGGAAAACGGAAAGUACCAACAACAUAAUGUCCUUCGAGAAGUCACCAAUGCCAAUCACUAUAACAUCGAGCCAAAAUACGAGCUCGAACGCCUUGGAUAA